CCUGUCACUAUGGAACCUGCUGGAUCUGAGGGUUCUACACAGGAUUUAAUCUUCAGGAGUGCUCUUGUUUUACAGAGACCUGUGAUGGAUCCGUGCCUUGCAGUUGGUUUUCUUCCUCUUUCUUUAGGAGGCCUUAGAGUUGGGUAGCUAGUAACCAUGAAAUGGAGAGUUGAAAGGUUGAAGGAUUUUGAUGAGAAUGCAGUUUCUCAAAACAAUGAUGAGGUAUUAUACGAAGUCAAUGCAAAUUCUGAGAAUUGGAUGAUUGUCGGGAUGAAGAGAGGCCAUGUAUCACUCUCAACAAAGCAAGGUUCGAGGAUAGUUAUUUCUAUUUUGUGCAUGCCACUGAUGGCCGGAUACGUACAUCCCCCAAAGCUUGGGCUUCCAAACGUAGAUGAGGCAAAUAUAAGUUGUAACCCUGCUGGCCCCCACCUGUUUCUCCAGGUCAUCAAUAACUGCAAUAACACCCAUUUCCAGGUGCCCAUUCUUCCAAGGUUGAAGCUUACAACAAUCAUUUCAUUCUUCUAUGGCCACUACGGAGGUGAUGUACGCUAAAACUACUUGUUACUUUACACAUUCAAUCCAUCUGAAUCACAUUACAAUUUGGUUAUCAUUGCUAUAUUGUUAAUAACUUCUAAUCAAUUUUCUUUUAACUAGUUUGAAAUUAAAUUUGCCUAUGCCAAUUCGUUAACAUGUGACAGGAAAUCUUGGAGAAGUACUAUGCAGCAGAAUGCGCAAUAAAUUCAUAUCAAAAGGGCAUUCAGCAGCAGCUUGGCAUCAUGCGUGGUCUGAUCCAUAGAUUGGAUGCUCGAAGAGAAAGAAGUGUACAUUCCCCUACUGCUGGUCACUCGGGCUAUGCAGCGGAUGAAUUUCCCGAGGCCGAGCAUGAUUCACCCUAUGCCCGAUAUGACAUGCCAUUCCAUCGCACUGAAGAAGUACCAGACACUCCUAUUCGACAUCUACCUAUUAUUGGGGCUCGUAUGGAGGAGGUUGCUGUUGUCAGCGAUACUCGAUUGUAAUGAUGUAUUGUUUCAUAAUGUCAUGUUUUUCAAGGCUCCAUUGUAAUGAUGUAUUAGAUUAUGACAGAAAAUGUUUUUUUGGUCAUUUACAAUGCCACCCUCAUUCUUCUAUACAAGAUUGGUUCACGAUUUUUAUCAAACUAUAACAAGCAAGGACUCUUGUUUACUAUCA